UCUAUUACUUCACUUAAAUUUCUGUUUGUUCGCGAGUGUGAUGGAUGCAUUGUCUCCGAAAUUGCGACCAUGGAUGAGAUUUCAUCCGCCGGACGACAUGGCCAUCGACUUAUUGAGGGCAAAGAUCACUGGGAAUGAUGAUUUAGUCGACUUCAUUCCCGAAGCUCAGAGUUGCGAAUGGGAGCCCUGGGAUUUGAAAAUCUGGUUAGAUUCACGUUGCAUAAAGACCGCAUAUCCAGAGUGGUGGUUCUUCUCGCGACUGGAUCUGAAGCAUCGAAGUGGGAAUCGAUCGAACAGGGCAACCAAUGCUGGGUACUGGAAAGUGACUGGAAAGGACAAGAAAAUCAUGUCUGAAUUGGGAAUGAUUGGAAAGAAAAAGUUUCUGGUAUUCUGUAGAGGGCGAGGUAAAGGCGAGAAAACAAAUUGGACGAUUCAUGAAUACCACAUAGCCCAUCCCGGUCAGAACGCCUUUGUACUCUGCCGAUUAUCCUAUAAACACGAAAAAAAGAGUAUUAAAGAUCCAAACUUUAAUGAUGCUGGACCUGCUGUUUCAUCUCCUGCCGCAUCCAACUCUUGUCUUGAAGAAUAUGAGUCUGAGCUACUUCUUGCCUCAGUAUUCCCGGCAUCAGAAGUGCAAGCUACUACAACACCUGUCGUGUGUGAUGAAAAACAUUUUAGUGCUCAUGCUGCAGAGAAUCAAUUGGGAGAACUUACCACUACCAAUGAUGAUCUGCAACUAGGAGAAGCAUCGAAAAUGACCUUUGAGCUGCAGCAAAUAGUAGCUUGUGAAGUUUUGGCACCCUCAACUUCACCCCACAAUACCCUUACUGUUUCAUCCCCUACCACAGCUAAAUCUUCUCUUGAAGAAAUAGAGUUUGCGCUAGGUUUGGAUUUGGUAUCUCCUGACGAAUAUUUUGAUGGAAAGACGUUGAACACUAUAGCAUCCAGUAAUUGUAACCAAAAUAGUGAUGACGCUUGCACCGCAAGAAAUGAAGUCAUGCCUGAUGCAACAGCCUGCAAGUUUGACGAAGGCUUGAGCAUGUUUGAUCUCCUACCGGAGCCACCUGAUUGCAACUUGUCCUCCUUGUUCCCCUUGGAUAUCCAAUUUGGCAUGUCGUACCCCGUUACCAAUGACUUGGACAACACUCAUUGUGGGAUGUAUUUUCAGUAUGGUGCUAGUGAGCCUGCCGCAAAUGGCUAUGAGUUUUCAGAUCCAACACUUGAUUUUCCUAGUGAGUACAUUCAAAAUACGUUUGUCAGUCAAAAGAAUCUCACUUUGGUCUCUAUUAAGGACAAUGGAUCAUGCAGUGGGUCUGAUGCAAAAAUAGCCAAUAAAUUGCUUGAAUGUUGUGACCAAAAUAGUUAUAAUGCUUACACUGCAAAAAAUGAAGUGCCGGAAGCAACAGCCAGUGAGGUUGAUUUUCAGUUCAAGGAAGGCUUGAGCAUGUCUGAUCUCCUACCAGAGCCACCAGAUUGCAACUUGUCCUCCCCGCAUCCCUUGGAUAUGCAAUUUGACAUGUCUUACCCAAUCUCCGAUGACUUAAACUACGGGAUGUAUUUUCAGUAUGGGGUGAAUGACCUUGCCACAUAUGGCUAUGAUUUUCCAGAUUUAGAACCUUAGUACAUGCUGGUUUGGAUAGUGAGAUGAGAUGAGAUGA